CGCCUCUGGUGUAUCCAGGGGUCCGUGUUUGCCCGACUAUCUAUUUUGUAUUGCUUAUAGGAGUAAUGAGAUUGAUCACGUUAUCUUCGCCUUUCAUAUGACAAAGACGGACCCCUGGACACACCAGAGGUGGGAUCGGUUUAAAUACAUUUUUCUGGUCAAAUUACAGCACAAGAAACAGUAUCUUUUGGGAUGUUUAUGAAUAUAUUAAAAAGAAAAAAGAAAGAAUCUUCACAUGUGGCAACCAUCUGUAAUUUGAUGCUACGUGUAACAUAAAGCGUUGGUGUUAUCAUUGUUGACCGAUUGAUUCCCUUUUGAUUGAACUGCCCACACACCGUACAUGAUAGCUGAAGGAAUCCCGUCGCUUUCAGUAAUGUUUAAAGACCCAAACAUUCGCCGGGUGAAGGAAGAUGCCACUGAGACUUAAGCCGAGACGCGUGGAAAGUUGGAGCUAUUGAAACAAGACCAACGGCAAUUGAUAUCAAUAUGAAGUACCCCACCAAUUACAAAGAAUUUGAAAAUUAAGUUGGAACACGAAAUUUCGCCUCAUUCAAACAAUUUUGAAUUACCCAUGGAAAAUAGAUCUUCAUAGUUUAGAUAAUCAAUAUUUUUUAUGAAAUAGUAUUUUGCAAGAAAAUAUCCAGAGAAUACGAUUUUAUACUCCGUGUGUCACGGAGGGCUUUCAAAGAAACCACAACUUCAAAGGCGCCAAAGUAGGCCUACACUUGGACUCCCGGUCCACGGUGUCCCGUGUUUUAGGAACAUACCGUUGGCUCAUACUUUAUCUAAAUAUGAAUAAGUACUCAAAUGAACGAAAUGUACAUGUAAAUAUUAUUUUUGUCAGCUCUAGAAACUUUUCUUGAUUACGUUAACAACAAUCUUCACAUUUCACCCUCACAGUUUUUACAAUAAUCAAAUCCUCUAUGUAUAAUUUAGAUACUUUUAUUCUAAGUAUUCUUGUUUACUUACUCAGUUUUACUUACGAAACCGGCAGAAAAAUUGCUUAUCUAACAUCAAACUGGAUGAAUCUCGUUCCUCUCAAAUCCAGUGUGCAUGUGCAAUUUUCUUGUUUAUUACAACGUCGUUAUCUUAUGAAUAUUUAUGAAUCGAGGAAUGUAACAUAUCAGUAAUUGGGAAUUAUAUUCGCGUAUAUAGUACAAAAUGUUAAUAAAAAGGCUUGAAAAACCGUUUACAAUAAUACACAUUUAAUUAUAUUUAUAUUACAAAUCGCAUUUUCCUCUAUGAACCAACCAAUUUCAGCGCGCGACACAAUCCGUUCACAUUGACAAUUCAUUUCUUAAUUGAUAGUAGAAACAACUCAAAUUUCUUGAUUUUCUGCCUGCAAAUUUCCGCCGCUAUAUACGCGAACGCCCACAGAAGCGGCAGCAUAAGACAAUGGCUAUAAAUAGCCACCGUUUAAAAAUCCUCUAUGUACAACUUAGGUACUUUUACUCAACGAUUUCUUUGACGACAAAAAAAAAAACAAAAAAAAAACAAAACAACAAAAAAAAAAAAACAAACCCAACAACAACACAAACCAAACAAGGUUCAGACAGAAACAUUUACCCUUGUUCCCGAUAUAUUCUACAAUUGAAUUUAAAGGAUUUAAAACCUAUAUUACCAGAAAACCAGAAACCUCUUAUUACAAUAGCUAAUCAAUUCCUGUAGUUCGAAUAUAUUGUAAAUAUAACAAUAUUGACGGUACAAAAUGUAAUGCAAUGUUUUAUUCUGUUUAUAGAAAAAUGGCUACAGUGAAAAGUUUUUUGAAUGAAAUAGAAAGUAUAUGCGAGUGUAACAUAUGCUGUGUUGAAUAUGACGAAGAAAAACACGUUCCCAGAGUUCUACCAUGCCAGCAUACAGUUUGUACUGAUUGUUUGAUUAAACAUUGCAGACGUCAUAAACUAAAAUGUCCUUUUUGUAAUCAUGAACACAAUGUUAGGAACGGAGAUGUAAAAGGUUUCCCGAAAGAUAACACCAGACGUGAUUUGAAGGAGCUAUUGGAGAAAUUUUCUCAGUCCUUGUGUGGUGUUUGCCAACAGCAUGAUCAUGUGAAAUAUUUCUGUGCCACAUGUAACAUUCGACUGUGCCGAGAAUGCUACAAGAAAAAGAAAGCAAGCAAUUGUAACACACAUACUGUUGAUAUUAUUGAUGACUCCCAGGGAACACCAGACACAUCGUUGGAUUCCACAGAAAAUAAUCCAAAGAGUGUCUGUCUACUUACUGAUCAUGAGAAGAAUGAGCUGAAGUUUUUCUGCUCUGAAAAAUCCUGCUCUACGCCAGUUUGUGCCAACUGUAUCGUGGAGUCGCAUAAGACUCAUGACAUUAAGGCAGUCAAAGACGAAUAUGCGAAUCGUAUGAACUGUAUGCAAGGGAGUUGUAAAACAACUCGCGAGAAAAUCGCAAGUGCAAAGAAUCUUUUAGAAAUUGUAGAAAAAGAAUAUGCAUCAUUGAAGGAUACGGACAGAAGGGGCAAAGAAAGUUUGGAAGCAGUGGCAAACGAAGGAAUUAAAUACAUAAAUAAUUAUCAAGAAACUGCUAAACAAAAGACGCAUGAGAUGUUGCAGACUAACUUGAAUAUGUUAGAGAGAAGAAAAGAACAACUGCAGAAUUUCAUUGAAAAUGCCACAGAAUGUUGUGCCAUUUCAGAAGAAGCUCUGACUGGAAAUAAUGCCGUCGCAUUUUUGUCGGUAGAAAGGACUUUGACAGAAAAAUUGAAUGGUUUCAAACAGUCUGACGUUGAUACGCCGUUAGACACAAUACCAAAAGAAGACUUGAAAUUACAAAUUCCUAUCGUUGAACUUCAAGAAAGAAUAAACAGAAUGACUAGAGAAGGCCAUGCAAUAAAUGAUGGUAGACGACCCUGGACCGUCUUUUUCGAAGAGUAUGAAAUGCCACCAUUUUCAGCUAUUCUUGCUACAUUGCUUGCAGUUAUUUCUAUAGUGUUGUGGCUUAACCCCUUACCUUAUACACUCUUCUUCAACACCGACCGUUCCUAUUUGGCAUUUGAUAGCAGUCAGACGUCACUGAUGUGCUUAACGACUGACAGGAGGAUGGCAUCAUCCACACCAAUAAAGAACACCAAGCAGACUUGUGGUAGUAAACAAAGCCGGUACAUCUUUAAUGGGGCCUUUACCAACAAAUCAUUCGUGUAUGGAAAUGGUGAACACUUCAUUUAUCGAAUUCACGUGUCUGAAAUUAAACGAUACUACCCUGGCCAAACUCUUUUUGAAUUCGGAAUUUCGAAGAGUUCCAUAGACAGAAGAAAUAUUCUAGGACCAUCCUCUCAAGAUUUGUAUGGAUGGUCUCUUAAGAUAUUGAACAAAAACCGAGAUUACACACUGAUAAACACUGAUGGACGAAUUGUGUAUACAGGUGUUAUUUCCGUUUUUGACGAGGAGACUUUUACAUUUCGCGUAAACUUGAAACCCAAUAGAACCGUAACGUUAGAAAUACAAAACAAGAAUGUCAAAUCUUAUAAAAAAUUGGAUGAAACUAGGUCAAUUAAAGGCAAAAAGUGGGGAUUUGUAAAAUCAUGUUAUUCGUACGAUGCUCACGUAACCUCUCGUACUUUAAAUGACAAUAUUGCUUUUAAUAGAUCUACACUCUACCCCCAUCUUUAUAUAUCAACCAAUAACAAGACAAUUUCAAACAAAAUCGCCCCCUCUUUAUUACAGAAGCGAAUCGUCAAGGGUAGCAAUUAUCAAGACAUCAUGCUCCUUAACUGUAGAAACAAAUGCGUUUAUGUUCUAGAAUUCAAGGUGAACUCUCCCCAUGAUCAUAAGAUUUUAUCAUUGGUUCUAACUAAUUCACAAUUUUUACCAUCAGCAUAUUAUAAUGUAUCUCUGUUUUCGUAUGUUUCUUGUAAUGUUAAUCGGUUAUUCACAGGGACAUCUCCCACACAUUGCUUAUCUGUAGAUAAUGAGCUAUCGUCCUAUUCAGUAGAAAUGAAAUCCAACAAGUGGCAUUCUUUGGCAAUCAUGGUGAAUAGAAACCGCCAUUCAGCCUCGUUCCUUUUGGGAGGAAAGGUAAUUGAAAUACAAGACGGUUUCAUAUUUGAAAGAGGAACUCCUAUUUUGCGUUGGAAUGUGGAAAACAUGCAUGAUAAUGUAGAAAUUCGGUUAGGCGACAGGCAAGAUUACGAUAUUUUGACAUGGUUCCUGAACUACAUUAUUUCUCCUUACACGGCUGAUUUAUUGUCGUGGAUUCCAAUUUCUCGUAUAUAUCUCGCGUGUCUUAUAACAGUUAUGUGGCCUGUCAUAAAAGACCUGUUCGAUCAUUUCAACAGAAUCGGACUAAGAACUGACAAUGUAGAGAGAAGACGUAGAGGACGCCGCCGGAGACUGUAAUGACGUCACACAAGGAAACUGUUUUCAUAUGCAUUUCUCGUUUAAUGUUGUAUACACGUGUUCUUAUAUUACAUCACCUUUCUCUAAUAAGUUCUGAAUGAGAAUACAUUCGUUAGUUGGGUAUGUGCAGGUUAUGAUUUAGCUAUAGAAAUAACAGGACCUGUUCUGAAAAAAAAAAUUGAGCGACUUAUAAAACAAUACACCUAACUCAUCAAAGAACAAACAGUUUGAUAAGGUUAGACGUUUUACAGUGUGAGUAGUUGUUUCAAAAGGUGGCGUAUACAAGAGUGGAAGGGAUACAAUUUCCUCUGUCAAAAUGCAAAAUAUUUUGUCCGUCUGUCUGUCUAUACGUCUGUCCGCAUAAUCUUGUCCACUUUCUCCUCCGUAACUGCAAUAGAUGCAAAUCGAACGUAUUGGUAUUUGACAAGAUAAGGUAUGUAGUUAAUCUAUUUCUUUAAAUUUGGGGACUGACCCUUGUGGUGGGUGGAAAAUAGACGGAGUUCAAACAUUUUGUCUUUGCUUUUCUGUAUCUAUAUCAGUUUCAUUCGAUAGUAGCAUGUUAAUGUUGUGAUAAUAGUUGUAAUAAUACGUGGAUAAAAUGGACAUUUAAAUGAUUAUAGUAUAUUGAUUGAUUGAUUGUACAUUGUGUAUAUUUUAACGUCCCUCGAGAAUCUUUCACUCAUAUGGAGACGUGAUUAUAAUGUAUAUCAAAUUUUAUCAUAAAAUUUAUGAUUUAGUAAUUGUGUUUGUGAAUUUAAACUUUGGGAUAAACUGGAUGAAAAUUCUCAAGUAUUACAGACAAAAUGAUUCAUGUAUAAUGAUGUAUAUGUGCAUGUAUUAAAACUUGCUUUGCUUGA